AUGGCCAAAUCAAAAGAAAUAAAUCCGAAUGAAUUACCAAAUAAACGUUGGCUUGCACCAGAAGUUCUUACAACGAAACGGUUGACAUUUGAAUCAGAUGUAUUUGCAUUUGCAUUUUUGAUGUAUGAAGUUCUGACGAUGAAUGUGCCAUAUGAGACAAUCGGGGAUGAAAAUGUGCUCGAUUAUAUCGCCAAAAAUCCAUAUGUUCGUCCAACAGUACCAUCGACAGUUCCACAUUGGCUAAGAGAAUUAGUGAAUGAGUGCUGGAGAGCAUGUCCGACCAAAAGACCUAAAAUGUCAUACGUAUGGCAAGAAUUUAAGAACAACAAAUAA